AUGUCGAACACCGAACAAGAAAAAGACGCAAUAACGGAAAUGUGGCAAUUAGCCACCCAAAUCACCAAUAAAAUCAAAGAAAAUCACCCAGACCUAGUAAUAACAAUCGGAAACACAGGUCCACAAUUCGCAAUAACGCCAAUAGAAGAAUACUUAACAACCGAACAACAAACUGACAUUAUCUUUAAAGAAAACGAUCUAUUAAACAGAAUAACGACACGAAGAAACAACCAAAAUGACUUAAAUCAUGAAAUAACAAUUGACCCCAAAGUCUCAAAAACUAACCAGCAAUUGCAAAGCUCUUGGAAACAACGAAACACAAAAAUCAACAUAAAAAAAAAAGAAACAUUACCCAGACGAAAAAUAAAAGAGAUUUGGCAACAAUUGGGUAAAUGCUUUCCAUCCAAAGAUCAUUCUGGAGAAAAACUCUACCUCUUACUGUAUACUGAAAAAGAAUUAACUAAACUUAGUGAUGACGAUCCAACAAGUCAUCUUCAACUAGUAAAAG